AUGUGCCCAUUACGCGGACAAGCACGAACACGCAUCUCUCUCUCUCUCUUCCCCCAUCGAUCCCUACACGCAGUGCCAAAUGUGGACGGGAUGUAUCGGUAA